AGUUAUAGUUUAUCCUGUUACAACAAUUUCAGACAAUCGUGCUCCAAUCGAAUUUUAUGUAUCCGGUUCUGGUGAAAAUUAUAUUGACUUGCAUUCAAUUUAUCUCCAUGUCCAAGCAAAAAUUGUUAAAAAAGGAUGGAACAGAUAUCCCACCUGAUGAAAAAGUAGCUCCUGUUAAUUUUUUAAACAGUUUGUUUUCUCAAUGCACUGUCUUUCUAAAUGACAAGCAAAUUAUUGCUCAAACCAACUAUCCGUACUGUGAGAUUUUAGAUGCCUUAUUUUAUUCAAAGGAAGUGCAAAAAACAUUUCUAACGAGUGCAUUAUUUUAUAAAGAUACUGCACAAUAUAUGGAUUCAAUAGAUGAACAUAAUGAAGGAUUGACUAAAAGAUUUAAUAUUAGUAAACAAAGUAAACUAAUAGAUUUAGUUGGACGACUUCAUAUUGACUUGUUGCAUCAACCUAAACUGUUAAUUAAUAAUGUAGAUUUAAGAAUUAAAUUGGAAAGAUCUAAGGAUAAUUUUGCUUUAAUGGCAAAUAAUGAUAAUUAUAAAAUUAUUAAAAAUGCAUCUCUAAAAAUUAAUAAAGUAGACGUUAGUUCGUCAAUCCAAAUUGGUAUAGAAAAAGCAUUACAAACAGGAGUCAUAAAAAUAUUGUUUAGAAGAACCGAUAUAAAAGUCUUUACUUUAAGUAGUGGAAUACAAUCUACUAAUAUAUCUAAUGACGUAAUUGGUCAAUUACCUUAUAGAAUGACAAUCAGUUUAGUUUCUAAUUUGGCAUUUAAUGGAAACAUAAAAUAUAAUCCUUUCAAUUUAAAAAAUUACAAUUUAAAUUAUAUAUGUUUAUUAAAAGACAACCAAAUGAUUCCUUCGAAACCUUAUACUCCUGAUCAUACAAAUAACAUAUACACAAGAAAUUUUAUAUCAUUAUUCGAAGAUAUAGGAUGUAUUAAUCAUCAUAAAUAUACAAAUAUAUCUUACCAGGAUUAUAAAGACAGUCAUACUUUAUAUUGUUUCGAUCUUACUCCUGAUCGUUCAGCAUCAGAAUCACACAUGAGCAAGGAAAUGUACCGAUCAAAUUAAAAUUUUCAACAGCAUUAUUAGAAACUGUAAACGUUAUUUUUUUACUUGAAUAUAAUAAUACUGUAGAAAUUGAUCAGUCAAGAACAGUAUUUGUAGACUAUUGAUGGAUACUAUCACGUUAUGGAGACUAGCCUCAAGCGAUUCUAAAAUAAAAAGAACUUUUGGAGGAGUUUUUGCAUC